AUCCCCCCUCUCUCUCUCCUCAUCUCUCACCCCGUUUUCUCUCUCUCUCUCUUUCUUAAAUUAGUUCGCAACACAUCCUCUGCAGUCUCACGAGCCCCCAACUUUUGCUCUCUCUCUCUCUCUAACUUGUGUAUCUCUCUGUGCACUCUGCAACCUGCCGGGCCUUGAAUGCCGUUCCCUCACGUACUUGUUUAACAUGUAAGAAAGAAAGAAUACCUUGAUUUUCCUCCCUCGUUCUGUGACCACUUCUCUUAAGAUAUUGGAGAAUUCAGCAAGCUUCUGCUAAGAAAAUUAGAAGAGAAGAUUUUGCAGAAUUUGUUUUCACAGAGCCAUGCAAGAAACUCCAAAGUCUUUCAGGCAUGAGUUCUUAAGGCAACUUCUCCUAGGCCUAAAGCACAGCAGCUCAAGAGCUCAAGAGAUGAGCCUUUUAGAGAGAAAAAAGGCCAUCAAAUUGGCAGCUGAUACAGCUUUAGCCAUGGCGUCGGAUGGCUCUCACUGGAGCCGAGCCCUGAUCUCGAAUCUCUCGAAACUAGACGGGAGCCAAUCUCUCAUCAAAACCAUGAUGGGUGAUGAAGCUUUUCAAAAAAUAAAGAAACCCAUCAAUGGUGCUUCUGCAUUUUGCCGAAAGCUCGGAGCCAGAAGGGUUCUGAAGGGGUAUACAAUGAGGAUGAGAGAGAAAAAGAGAGUCCCUCCUUGUGUUUCGGCUCAAGCCUUAGCCAAGAAGCUUGUUAAAAGGAGGACUGAGAAGUUGAAGUGCUUAAUACCAGGUGGUGAAUUCAUGGAUAGAUAUUCACUUUUAGUGGAGGCCUCAGAUUACAUUCUCUCUCUAAAAGCUCAGGUAGAUGUGAUGCAACGCCUUGCCAAUGUUUUGGCUUGCAAGGACAUCCAACUUAACGAGUGUGUGUGACAUUCCAAGCUUCCAACUGAUGUGGCUGCUUUCGUCUUGGCUUUACCUGAUGAAAGUCUCACUGUUGAUAUAAAGCUGAGGAUUCAGAUUGUGAGCGCAUAUCUCCUUGUGCUAUAAAAAUCCUAAAUCUACUGAAAAUACAAUCGUUUGUAGUUUACUGUCUCAUUUUUUGUAAAUGUCAUUCCUCAUAUAAUCAUCUUCUACAUUUGGAGACCCUUUUGUCAUGCCUAUGAAAUGGAUUGAAUGUAACUCCCUAGAGGCUUAAAACAGUUGAAAUUUUGCUUGAUGUAACCCUCCAGUUAGGCAGAAUACAAGGUUUCCCCUUACAUUAGAGAUGAAUGCCAA